AUGGUGUCGACACCCCCGCCAUCAGAUGACGCAGAGGGUCAUCCCCCAGAAGAGAGUCCACAUGACGAGGAACACGACGGGGAAGAAGCUAAGAGCGCGUCACCAAGCAAGAAGCCAGCCAAGCAACCCAAAACAUCAAACCGUGGACAUAAACUUCGUCAUAAACAGCCUACGCAUUAUCGAACACAUACCAACGACGUUCCUUCGGGCGAUCCGGUAAUGAGGCAGGCGAUGCGCUACGGCGUCGACCCCAACACAUAUCCUUUCCCGCCGCCGGGUGCAUAUCCAGCGAACACGAAUCCAUCGUACUAUCCAUCGCCAAACCUACCGCUGCCAGCUGGCUAUCCCAGCUCAUAUACAUAUCCUGGAGGUGAAGGGUAUUUCUCUGUCCCACGAGCAAGUGUUCGGGAUCCCCAGUACUUCACUCCAUCGGGAUACGAUGUUCCGCCUUCAGGAUACUCUGACCCAGGAUACGGUCCCGCCGAUUCCUCCGGGUAUAAUGAGAAAAUCCCACCGUACCCUGAGUACCCAACGCGAGAGCCGAAGGGUUCUUCAGUCCGACCGAAACCCUUGCGACAACCGAAACCUCAGACCGAGCCUAACCUAAGUAGCCUUCGAAGGGAUGUGGCAUAUCCGAGACCUCGGCAGAGACGACCGUCUGUUCCUACAAGGGAUAGAGCAUCGUCAGAAGAAGGCAUAACUUUGAAAAACAUCAUGGCUGAACUCAGAAAUCUCCAACGUCAGGUGUACCAAGCCGAGAUACAAUCCGACCCAGGGAGGAUCCAAGGCCGUCCCCGAAGAAGUCCAUCAGUCACGAGUCAGUAUACUAGCGAUGACACAAGAUCCUUAAACAUAGAGAGAGAAAGAUCUCGUCAAUUGACAAGCAUUAUCUACCGGCUGCUCGAAGAUAGGCAAAGACCUGAAUACCAAGACUCAUUAGGGCUCUCGUCAAGGCAGACAAUGAUGGAUCUUCUCCAAGGCAGAGUAAGGGAACAUGAUGGAGAUAUGGGACUGGUCAGUCAGCAGGACACACAGGAAAUACGAUCCAAACUCGAUACUAUACUGGAGUAUCUCCAGCUUGAGGGCGGAUUGGAGGACGCGCCGGCACCGCAACGACUACGCGAGGGCUACGAGAGCAGGCCACAGCCCUUGGUCCUUAGGGGUCAGCCAUCUAUCGCCUCAGGGUCGUCAGUACAGGCACCACCAUCACCAACUACAAGUCGAACAACGCCACGUCGUCGCCAGACUCUUCCAUCCGUCAUUAGACCAUCACAAGAUGCACAGCCAUCUAACCAAGGACGUACCCGUCAGCUUCCAACCAGGCUGCCGGAACCAGAUGAUGACGAGGACUACGAAGACUUCAGACUCGCACCAAGACCUCCACGGACAAGAGUCAGCUCGUCGCAGAGUGUUGCAUCGCAGGAUAGGAGAAGGCUACAAACAGCCGUUGUCCAAAGGAGUGACGCUCGACCACCGGAAAGAAAGAUUGUAGAGGGCGAUCAGCAGAAAGUCAGACCAGGUCGGUUUGCAUAUGUACAGACGGAAGAUGAACAGGAUGAAGAACCUGCUCGAGCACCUGUGCCGCCGUAUCCAGUGCCUGAUCCACCUGGACAGUCCAAGCGGAGAAGGUCAUUGCAAUCGGUGAGAUUCAGGUAG